AUGGACGCACCGCUGCCGGACUACUAUCGUACGCUUGGAGUGGAGGCGCGCGCGUCAGCGUCCGAGAUCAAAGAGGCGUACAAGCGACGCUCGCUCAAGACGCAUCCGGAUCGAUUCCCCAACGCCACGCCUGCGGAGCGACAGCGGUAUACGCAAAAGUUCCAGACGCUCGCCGACGCGUACUACGUUCUUUCGGACACGCAGCGUCGACGCGAGUACGACGAGCUGCGCAGCUCGCGUCCGUCGUCCAACUCUUACUUUGGCAGUGGGGUGGAUUCGGACGACGACGAGGCAGCGUCCGAGUACAGCGAAAAGGAACAGAGCCACUCGGCCAACUUUUUCCAGUCGUUCUUCCCGGGCGCCUUCAAGCAGGAAGAGGGCCAAGAAGAGCAGAGCUACAACGCCAGCGACGACGCACGCAGGGGUAGCAGCCAGCCUGCAGCCGACGGCGUCUUUGCCAACGUAUUUGAGGAGCUGCUGCGACCCGAGGUGCACCGCGUGGCGCCUGUUUGGAAGUACGUUGGAGGAGCCUCUGGAACGGCGCUUGGAUUCAUCGUGGGCAACAUCCCCGGUGCGCUGGCAGGAGCGUUUGCAGGCAGCCAGUUGGGACGCAUCCGCGACGCCAAGGGCAAGAGUGUGGCCGAGGUGUUUAUGGGCCUGGGUGCAAGCCAGCGAGCGGAAGCCAAAAGGACGCGUGCGAAUGCGGAAGCAAGACAUUCGACACGCAUCUUUCCUGGAUACGACAAGCGACUGCCUGCAGCGGCGCAGGCGGUGGUGGAGCAGGCGCUGCUGGACAACGAUCUGGCGAAUGCGGAUGCCGACGACGCGCGCUGGAGGCAGCUGUACGACGAGCUGGACACGCUCAUCCACCGAUCUCGCGAGAUGCCAGCGCCAGAAACACCAAAGACGCACACGGGAAGCUUUCUCGACAACGAUGACGAAGGACAGUACGAAUGGGGAUCUGACAGCGACGACGAUUGCGAGGCGCAAGCGGUCAGCAGCCACGUGGAAGACGACGAAGCAAGGCAAGCGCAGGAGGCGUAUGCGCGCUCGAUCCUGCCCAAAGGCGACCUAGCGACGGCGGUGCAUCGUGCCGUAUCGGAGUCGCUCCACUCGAACAAGACCAAGGGCAAGGGCAAGGGCACAGGCAAAGGCAAAGGCAAGGCGACAGGCAGUGGAGGGGAAAGCGGUUUCGACUGGGAUCCGAGCUCGUUGGCGGCACUGACGAUGCUUUGCGAGGAGAUUGCACUGUCGCAGGCGGCGUUCAGUGCGCGUCGUAGCAUGUUUGCCAAGCAGGCGAGCAAAGGCAGCAAGAAGAAGCAGCGCCGGCUCGAGCAGCAGAGCCAAGCGCAGCCAGAGCAGUCUGAAUAG